AUGCAGCCGUCGGCAUCAGCUAUACCCGACUUCUACUAUGCCCUUUUCGCGUUCUAUGAACCUGCUUUGACGAUACUCGGGUUCAUAGGAGCGGUGCACGACCCUGAAACAACCCACAAUACACAAGCACCAUGGCCAGCAGAUAGUCCCCCACCUACUAGUCUUCCAAAGGCAUCCAUCGUGACUGUGAUCCAACUAGCUCACGUCUGUGCACUCAUGGGGGUCGUCAACUUUUUUGUAUUAACGGCCAUCCGGAAGAAUCUCUCGACGCAACUCGCUAUCCAAGAGAAGAUCAUAUUUGCUCUCAUGACCCCCCUUCUCAUGGGAGACUGUAUGCACCUCUUUGUUACGCUGUGGGCUCUCGGAGAUGAGAGAUGGGAUAUUUCACAGUGGAGUCCAAUGCUUUGGACCACCGUUGUCCUUGGAUUUAGUCUUAUGAUACCCCGGAUCAUGUGGCAUCUUGGAAUUUGGAGAUAUGUUGAUAGUCGCGACAGACAACCCGACGUUACUACAAAUGAAAAGGAAUAG